AUGGUGUUUAACACCGGUCAUAUGGCUAGAUUCGCUUCUGGGGCAUGUACAGUAACAUACGGUGAUACGACAGUUUUAUCAACAGCUGUGUCAAAGCUUGAGUCAGCUGCUCCAUCAUCGUUAACGUCAGGAAAGAUGUUUUCAGUUGAUUUUCUACAAUCAGCAUCAGCUGUUGGUCGGAUACCAAUGAAUUACUUGAGGAGAGAGCUACAACAAAGUGACGAUGACAUCUUGAUAUCGAGGGUUAUCGACCGGUCGUUGAGGCCUGUUUAUCCGGAUGCUUUUAAGUAAGUUUUUUUUUAAACUUGAGUUGAUGUUUAGGACUGGAAUGUCUAAAAAACGGCUGGAAUUUUUUGUUUUCGAAAGUUACAGCAGCUUCAUGGAUAACAUGAUAUUUAUUGUCAAUAUAUAUAUAUUAUAAUCAAGUUUAAUUUAAAAGCAGUCUUAUUUUUACAAAUUUUACACUAUACAUUUAAUUGAGAUUUAUUUUAACUUCUAGAGGCACAACAAAAGUCGUAUGCAAGCCGUUAUCAGCGACUAGAGGAGCAGAUAUGGCAGUACUAGGAAUAAAUUCAGCGUCAUGUGCGUUGGCGUUGUCAGAUGUGCCUGUAGAAGAAACUGUAGGAGCUGCGAGGAUAGCUUUGUUUGGAAAUGAGGUAAAUUUUUGAAACUUUAGAUUUUUAAAUUUUUGCACCGUGCAAUUAAAAUUUAAUUUUUUUGCACUGUGCAGCCACUUUUUUAAACAUUUGUGAAACAAUACGGGCUUCCUGUUAAAAGUGAAAAAUUUUUCAGGUAAUACUUAAUCCCCCAUACCCAGAGCUUCAAAACAGUAGGAUGAACUUGUUGUUGGCAGGGACAAGGAGUAAGAAAGUGCUGAUGAUUGAGAUGGAUGGUAAACAGAUCGACUUGGACACGUUUAUGGAGACAAUAAAUGCUGGUUUCACUGAUAUUGAUAAAAUUGUGGAUGCUAUUGAACAGCUACAGAAAAGUUGUGGUAAACCAAAGUCGGAGGUGGGUUUUUGAUUAGGAAUUGAUAAAAUUGAUUCUAAAAUGGCACCUUUGGGGUGAGAAACGUUGAUGAGUUCAUGUGAGGACCGUGGGGACUAGAAGUUGAUUUUUCAUUGGAAAUGACGACUUGAAAUGACAUUUAUUAUAUCUGAAAUGAGGAUUUCGAAGCCUUUAGGUAUUAUGAUAGUAUUUCAUCCCAAUUCCAGGAAACCCAACUUAUGACAAAAGUUGAGCAGCAAAUGGCAAAAGACAUAUUGGACAUGGCGACAGAUCGAAUCGAAUACAUCCUAACUGACUCUUCUCACCUGAAAGACUCAAGAGAUAAGGCCAUAUCAACAUUUCAAAAGGAAUUAGUAACACAAUAUAUGGCACAAAAGCCCGAUGUGCCAGAAUAUGUUGUAAACUCAAUAUUCUCUUUGGUGGUUAAAGGAGUGUUAAGAAAAUUGACUAGAAAUACUGGUAUCAGGGCGGAUGGCAGAGCUGUAGAUGAAUUUCGAAGAAUUCAAAUUGAAACUGAUCUGUACCCAAGGCUACAUGGCUCGGCAAUGUUUCAGAGAGGCCAAAGUCAGGUUAUGGGUGAGUGUUUUUUCGUUUAGGGGGUGAUGGCUUGAAUUUUUUGCUAAGGAGGGACUGAGUUUUUAAAUUUUCUGGAGGUGGGGAUAUUUUUUCAAAAAAAAAUUAAAAUUUUUUAUUGUUAUGGUACUUUACUCUCUCUAUUACAAAAAAUAGACCUACAUUAUCACUUUUAGGUACCGUGACCUUUGACUCCCCACUCCGCUUUCCGACCAGAUGCCAUAGCCCAACUCCUGGGUGCGCAACAAAAGAAGUCCUUCAUGGUACACUACGAGUUUCCUCAGUUCGCUGUCAACCAAAUCGCCGACCAUGCCGGUCGAUUCAACCGUCGAUCUCUUGGGCACGGCACGUUGGCCGAGAAAGCCCUAAAACAUGUGGUACCAGACGACUUUCCAUACUGUAUUCGAGUAGAUUGUCAAGUACUAGAGUCGAAUGGCUCUACUUCGAUGGCUAGUGCUUGUGCCGGAUCGUUGGCUAUGUAUGAUGCUGGAGUACCAUUGAAGAAUGCGGUUGGAGGCGUGGCAAUCGGGCUGUUUAGUGAUAAUGGAGAGCUGAUGAAGGAGGAUGGAGAUCAAGAACCUGUGAUUUUGACUGACCUAAUGGGCAUGGAGGAUUAUGCUGGAGACAUGGACUUUAAGAUUGGAGGUGGGUAGGGGUGGGGGAUUUGUUUUUUGGGCACGGUAGAAUCUAAAUUUUUCAAAAUUUUAGGUACAAAAGACGGCUUCACAACUAUCCAACUAGACGUCUCAAUACCCGGACUAACCUUAGACAUAGUAAAAGAAUCCCUAAUACGAGGUAGACAAGGUCUAGGUCAUGUGUUAGAGAAGAUGAAUGAAGUGGGGCCAGAACCAAGGCCUGAAUUCAAAUCAUGUGUACCAAUACUAGAACAAAUGACACUACCAUCGUAUAAGAAGAGUGCUUUGUUCAGAAAUGCCUGUUUUAACGCGAAAUUAGUCGAAGCCGAAACUGGAGUUCAAGUUCAGUCAGAGGACGAGAACAAGGUGUUAUUGAUGGCACCGUCAAAAGAAGACGCUGAUAAGGCCAAGGAGUUGAUUAAAAAGUAAGGUUUGGCUUUUAGGUAUAGUGGGCAUGGCUAGGAAGGAUUUUUUUUUGAGGUGAAUAUUGAGGCGGGGGGGGGGUAUUUUUUUUGGGGGGGUGGAUCAUGCUAAAUUUCUUUAGAUUGGCAAAGAAAAGCAGAAAAAUUAAAUUUUGUUAAAUUUUUUUCGGUUUUAAAAAUAUUUCCUUUCAGACUAACAGACGUGUCAGUUGAAGUAGACCCCCCAUUCGGCGAAACCCAAAAGUGCGAGAUCAUUGAAGUUAUGGAUCGUGGUGUCCUAGUCAAGCUACGAGCCUACAGAGAGCCAAUAUUCAUACCGAUCAAGAGCAUCACCGCCAAAAAUGUCAAACACACAUCCGCAUUGGACUUGAAAGUUGGCCAAAAACUGUCACUUCAAUUCCUCGGCCGAAACCCUGACACCGGCCAAAUUCGACUGGUCAAUCGAUUGGCUGUGGCUUAA